AUGCCGGGUCUUGUCAAAAAGGAAGUGAAAGAAGAGAUGCAACGUGUGAAGGAUGAGCCAGUGUACGACGACAGUGCCGAAUCGAGCGAGGCUGCGCUGGACGAGCUGUACGCCGAGCACGUGGUCAAGGACGAGCUCGUGCUGGGGCCGGAGCGCCCGCACCGCCCCGACGUCGGCCUCGCGGUGCGCGAUGGGACACUCGUCACACUCGGUGACACAGGUAAGUGUCCGCUGGCUUUGGAUCGCGGAGGAACACAGCUCGCGCGGGUCUCCACCGAGCGGCGCGAGCGCUGCGACGACGCCACAUCACACCACGUGCUAAGCGAGACCACGACCACUGAACACAAUUCACCACUGAGUGGUGUAAAGCAACAUAAACUAAUGCACAGUGGUGAAAAAUCAUAUCCAUGUGAAAUAUGUAAAAAAAAGUUUAGACGAUUAGUUGAAUUAAGCAUUCAUACACGAGUCCACACCGGCGAAAAACCAUAUCAGUGUGAAGUAUGUCAAAAAAAGUUUACUCAAUCGAGUCAAGUAAAAAUACAUAAACGAUGCCACACUGGCGAAAAACCAUAUCAAUGUGACGUGUGUGAAAAAAAGUUCACCCAAUCGAGUCAAUUAAAAUUACAUAAACGAUCCCACACUGGUGAAAAACCAUACCAAUGUGAUGUGUGUGAAAACAAGUUUACCCAAUCGAGUGGAUUAAAAUUACAUAAACGAUUCCACACUGGCGAAAAACCAUAUCAAUGUGAAGUGUGUGAAAAAAAGUUUGCCCAAUCGAGCCAAUUAAAAUCACAUAAACGAUCCCAUACCGGUGAAAAACCAUAUCAAUGUGAAGCGUGUGAAAAAAAGUUUAACCAAUGGAGUGGAUUAAAAUUACAUAAACGAUCCCACACUGGCGAAAAACCAUAUCAAUGUGAAGUAUGUCAAAAGCAAUUCAGAGACCCUAGUGUUGCAAAGAUUCAUAAACUAAUACACACUGGCGAAAAACCAUUUCAAUGUGAACUGUGUGAAAAAAGAUUCACUCAAUUGGGUACUUUUAUAUCACAUAAACGAUCCCACACAGGCGAAAAACCAUACCAAUGUGACCUAUGUGAAAAAAGAUUAACUCAAUCGGGAAGUUAG